AGAGUGUCCGGAUACCUGAAGGAUGGCGGACUGACUGACUGAUGGCUCAUCAGCUGAGGAUCCUACAGGCUGGAGGCGCUGAUCGAGUCAGAGUCGAUCAGAAGUGACUGAUCGGGCAGCCGAGCGCGCAGUUUGGCGCUUCAGACCAACAGGACUCUACUUUCUUCAUCCAUCCAUCACCUCUCCUUCCUCCGGGAUGAAGACUCCACUCAGCCCGUCUCUGCUCCUGGAGAGUGGGCAGAUCUUUGCCUUUGGUGGGAUGGGCCAGGAUCUAAUGGAUGCAUCCACACCUUCAACUCUCAGUCAUCCCAUCCAGCAGACCUCAUCCCCAGGUCAGCAUGGGGCGUUCUCCUUGUGUGAGGUGUGUAACCUGCAGCUGACCUCGACUGCUCAGGCCCAGCUGCACUACAACGGCAGGUCACACCUCCGGAGAGCGAGACAGCUCCAAGCUGGAGAGGCACAGCAGCAGGCAGCAGCAGGAGCUCACACCAGGUCAGUUCCUCAGGCCACAGGAUUGAACACUAAGCCUGCAGGACUAUCUCAGACGACUGGACUGAAUCGGAUCCUCAGUGCUUCCAACACAGCUGCAGGUUUCCGGGGUCAGCUUGAGCUGCAGUUUUCGGCUUGGUCCAAGUGCUCGACGAUUACCUGUGUAUUGUAG